CUGUGCGCAAAGCUGCCACGCUAUUGUCCUGGCCGGGAAGGCGGGGCCGGCGCGGGGCGGGGCUGGCGGCGCCGGCGCAGCUCGGGGGCGUCGGCGGAGGAGGCGGCGGCUGUGGCGCUGGGAGCUCCUGUCACCGCUGGGGCCCGGCCGGGCGGGAGUGCUGGAGACGUGAGGGCUCGAGGGCCCGGACAUGGGGCCCGCCAGCCCCGCCGCUCGAGGUCUGGGCCCGCUGCUGCGGUUGCUGCCACUGUUGCUGCUGCUUCUGCGCGUGCAGCUCGCCGAAGGGAACCUGGCCGGUGGGAGCCCCAGCGCGGCCGAGGCCCCAGGGUCUGCGCAGGUGGCUGGACUAUGCGGGCGACCAACCCUUCACCGGGACCUGCGCACCGGCCGCUGGGAACCAGACCCACAGCUCUCAAGACGCUGUCUUCGGGACCCGCAGCGCGUGCUGGAGUACUGCAGACAGAUGUACCCGGAGCUGCAGAUUGCCCGUGUGGAGCAGGCGACGCAGGCCAUCCCCAUGGAACAAUGGUGCGGGGGUGCCCGGGGUGGCAACUGUGCCCACCCCCACCACCAAGUUGUGCCUUUCCACUGCCUGCCUGGCGAAUUCGUGAGCGAGGCCCUGCUGGUGCCUGAAGGCUGCCGAUUCUUGCACCAGGAGCGCAUGGACCAGUGCGAGAGUUCAGCCCGGAGGCAGCAGGAAGCACAGGAAGCCUGCAGCUCCCAGGGCCUCAUCCUGCAUGGCUCAGGCAUGCUUUUGCCCUGUGGCGCGGAUCGGUUCCGAGGUGUGGAAUAUGUGUGCUGCCCACCUCCAGUGACCCCCAACCCAUCUGGGACAGCAGUCGGUGACCCCUCCACCCGGUCCUGGCCCCCGGGAGGCAGAGUUGAGAGGGGUGAUGACGAGGAAGAGGAGGAAUCCUUCCUGCAGCCAGUAGAUGAUUACUUUGUGGAGCCCCCACGAGCUGAGGAGGAGGAGGAGGAGGACAGAGUCCCACCCUCAAGCUCCCAGACCCCUGCAGGGGUCAGCAAAGUGACUCCCACCCCGAGACCCACAGAUGGUGUGGACGUGUACUUUGGCAUGCCUGGAGAAAUCAGUGAGCAUGAAGGCUUCCUGAGGGCCAAGAUGGAUCUGGAGGAGCGCAGGAUGCGCCAGAUUAAUGAGGUGAUGCGUGAGUGGGCCAUGGCUGACAACCAGUCCAAGAACCUGCCUAAAGCCGACAGACAGGCCCUGAAUGAGCACUUCCAGUCCAUCCUGCAGACCCUGGAGGAGCAGGUGUCCGGCGAGCGACAGCGCCUGGUGGAGACCCAUGCCACCCGAGUUAUUGCCCUGAUCAAUGACCAGCGCCGGGCCGCCUUGGAAGGUUUCCUGGCGGCGCUGCAGGGGGAUCCGCCUCAGCCGGAGCGGGUCCUGCUGGCCCUGCGGCGCUACCUGCGAGCUGAGCAGAAGGAGCAGAGGCACACACUGAGGCACUACCAGCAUGUGGCUGCCGUGGACCCCGAGAAGGCCCAGCAGAUGCGCUUCCAGGUGCAGACCCACCUUCAAGUAAUUGAGGAAAGGAUGAAUCAGAGCCUGGGGCUGCUUGACCAAAACCCCCGCCUGGCUCAGGAGUUGCGGCCCCAGAUCCAGGAACUCCUCCACUCUGAACACCUGGGCCCCAGUGAGCUGGAAGCCCCUGCCCCAGGGGGCAGCAGUGAGGACAAGAGUGGGCUACAGCCCCUGGAUCCCAAGGGUGCAGAUACCCCCAUGGCCCUUCCCAAAGGGUCCACAGAACAAGAUGCCGCAUCCUCUGGGAAAGACAAGAUGACUCCCCUGGAGCAGUACGAACGGAAGGUGAAUGUGUCCAUUCCAAGGGGCUUUCCUUUCCACUCAUCGGAGAUUCAGAGGGACGAGCUGGCCCCAGCUGGCACAGGCGUGUCCCGAGAGGCCGUGUCCGGUCUGCUGAUCAUGGGAGCUGGCGGGGGCUCCCUCAUCGUCCUCUCCCUGUUGCUCUUGCGCCGGAAGAAGCCCUAUGGGGCCAUCAGCCAUGGAGUGGUGGAGGUGGACCCCAUGCUGACCCUGGAGGAGCAGCAGCUCCGUGAACUGCAGCGUCAUGGCUAUGAGAACCCCACCUACCGCUUCCUGGAGGAACGACCCUGAACCAACCCCCUUCACCCCUUCAGCUGAGCCCAAACCUUCCCUCUUCCUGGAACCCCUGAACCCUAACUCCCAGCCUGGGGGAGAGGGUGAAAAAGUUCAUUUCAGACCCUUUGUGAUGGGGCUGGAAAUUCUAAUUUCCCCUUUCCAAUUCCAAAUUCCAUCCCUAAGAAAUCCCUGGGUAUUCCCAGCUGCCCUCCCCACCUCCUUGAGACCUCCUCACUUUAAUUUAUUUUGUACAUUAAUUUAUUGUCCUUAAGGUGACCAGCAGCUUGGUCCCAGUGUCUGUUGUUCCCUGAAAUUCAUCCUCCCCUGUGUCCUCCACUAAUAUUCCAAUAAAGUCCUCUUCCCCACCAGGCCA